AUGGAGACCGAAGAAGACCCAAAGACACAAAAAGAUAGAGAAGUCCAGAAUGAUCAAAUAAUGUCACCUCCAAAUGAGAUGGUGGCUAAGGAGCCAGAAGAUGUCCUAACUGGGGCUCCCCAGGCCCAGGUUCCACAAGAGCCUUCUGGACAUCCGCAGAAGAGUCUUGAAAAAGUCUGUGUCAAAAAUGUUGAGACCGGGCCAGGAAGGAAUCCUGUCAGUCCUCUCAUCUUCAGGCAGAUGUUCAGGAAGUUCCGCUAUGAGGGUCCAUCUACGCCCAGGGAAGUCUUAGGCAUCUGCUAG